AUGGGACUUAGUAUACGACAAUAUUACAAACAGAUAUGUCGACGCAUACAUAGACUUCCACUCGAUUAUAAAACAAUAGAACGUUUCCAACUAUACUGUAAAAGUAAGUUCGUAACUCCAUUAAAGAAAGGUCAGUAUCAACAUAGCUCUAUCGACAAGAAUUCGUAUGAUAAAGGCAUAAUAAUACUAGACGAUGUAUUAGUAAAUGAAAAUUACGAGUCUCUUAAUGUCAUAUUAGAUUUUGUUUAUAAGGAUGUGUUACCUCGACCAUCAUGGAUUUCUGGUUUUAUGAAAUAUAAGUAUACGGCAUUUAAGCCAUAUUGGCCACAAGUCCAUUUGCUUAACGAAUUGACUACUACACCGAAACAGUCUAAGCUUUAUGAACAAAGUUUGCAGAGAGAUAAGGAUGAAGACUUAUCAUUGUUGGAAUAUUUUGGAAUUAAACCCGACUCAAUUGAUAUAGGUCUAAGGCCGUUAAAGUCGACUGCUGGUGAUAAGACAUCACCAUUAAGUACGAUUAUGCUGGAGUUAAAAAAGCUUCAUUCAUUCUUAUAUAAAAAUCAAGAAAAACUAACUCAUUUAAAGAUGCAACCAUUAGAGGUGACAUAUCCUACUAACAGAUUUGCAUUACCAAUCCAUGUAACGCAGCGUGAUAAUUUAUUGAAACUGAAAAUAAACUACGCUAAAAAACUUGCUACAGAAUUUAGGCCCAUAUGUGAAGAUUCUUUGAACCAUUUAAUUAAAUUUGCUGUAUUUAAACCAGGGUAUAGCGGAGGAAAUGAUGCUUAUAAAGUAAAUGAAAAUUUCUAUAAGUAUAUGAUUCGGAAGCAUAAUUAUGAAAGCGUAAAUUUAAAUCCUCUUCACAGGAAACAUCUCAGAAGUAAACAAUUGAUUCCGAAUGAUAACAAUAUAAGAAAAUAUAUGAGAGAAUAUGUUAGGAAGCAAUUCUAUUAUGAUUCUAAUCUAAAGACUUAUAAAAUGAGUUGGAUGCAAAAUUUUUAUGAAAAUGAGAAAAGAAUUAUACCGGAUAUCGAGAUACCAAGUUAG